GUGUUUUGUUGGCAGACUGAAAAAUUCCUGUUUAGCGUCAUCCAGUUGUCAAAACCGGACAUCAUCAUACCGCAACUUGAACAAUUUUACCGACAUUUUGUGAAAUUUCGGCGGUAGGGAACUUCGCAGCGGUGUGUGACGAUGGCCGGAGAGAUUUCUAUGAUUGGUUCUGUCAUCCUGGCCCUGUUUCUGGCCGGUUAUCUGGGUCAGCAGUACCUGCCGCCGCCCAAACCCAGAGUUAUCGGCCUGGACUUGGGCACCACCUUCUGCUCCGUCGGCGUUUUCCACCCGGGCAGCGGGGAGGUGGAGGUGAUAGCAGACGAAGAGGGGAGGAAGAGCAUCCCCAGCGCCGUCUCCUUCACCACCACCGCGGUGCUGUCCGGGCAUGAAGCCGUGGAUCUGGCCGACAGCAACCCCCAAAACACCGUGUACGAUGCCAAGAGGUUCAUUGGGAAGAUAUUUGAGCCAAAUGUUCUGGAGCAGGAGAGUGCUAGAUACCCGUUUAAGGUGAUAAACAACAACGGAAGUGCAGAGUUUGUCAUCUCCACCAACCAUACCUUCACUGUUAGUCCGGAGUUCAUCGGCUCCAGGCUGCUGCUGAAGAUGAGGAAGAUGGCAGAGCGACAGCUGGGUGUACCCAUCCAGAAGGCCGUCAUCUCGGUGCCCGCUGAAUUUGAUGAGAGACAGAGGAACUACACUGUCAGGGCUGCCAACCUCGCUGGCUUGGAGAUCCUGCGUGUGAUCAACGAGCCCACGGCUGCAGCCAUGGCCUACGGGCUGCACAAGGUGGACGUGUUUAAUGUGCUGGUGGUGGAUCUCGGUGGAGGGACCUUGGAUGUGUCUCUGCUCAACAAACAGGGAGGCAUGUUCCUCACCAGGGCAAUGGCAGGAAAUAACAAACUGGGAGGUCAAGACUUCAGUCAGAGGCUCCUGCAGUACACCACAGAGCGAGUUCGUCAGGAGUUCGGUGUCCCACCUGCCCUCAAGGAGGACAUCCACCGUCUCCGACAAGCUGUAGAAGCCGCUAAGCUCAACCUCACCCUCCAACCCAGCGCCACAAUCAGGGUCCCGCUGCACCUUCACACCCAUGACGGCUCCGAGUCCCCCGAAGGCUCCGCUCCCUCCCUGGUUCUCUUCCAUGCUGAAAUCACUCGCGAGCUCUUUGAGGAGCUCAACAAGGACCUUUUCCAGAAGAUUCUGGCCCCUGUUGAAACUGUGUUAGCCGAAGGCCACCUGGAGAAAGAGGAUGUGGAUGAGAUCGUCCUGGUCGGAGGGUCCACCAGGAUACCACGCAUCAGGAAGAUUAUUAGCGAGUACUUUGGGAAGGAGCCCAACACGUCAGUAGACCCCGACCUGGCUGUGGUUACAGGCGUGGCCAUUCAGGCUGGCAUCAUGGGAGGCUCGUGGCCUUUACAAGUGAGCGCCAUAGAAAUACCCAACAGACACCUGCGCAAGACGAACUUCAGCUAAUCUCUAAUCAGGAGUAUUUAUGAGGAUGGAAUGAACGCUACAGAGGCUUGCCACUGAUUCCUAACUGUUUGAUGCUUCUCUGAUGUGCUUUAUUUAACAUCUGUUGCUGGGAGAAACAUGCACAACACAAAUCUCUGGUUGACUUGCUGGUUGUUCAGAUCAUCUAAUGCUUCCUCUUUGACUGUGAAAGGAAGCGGUGACCAAAAAAAAUAGUUGACCACACAUUGAAACAUUCCUCUGACAACGACAGAGAACAUCUGCAGAAGUCGUCAGUCCUGUUUUAAAUGUUUAAAGUGACAGCUGCUUUUGUUGCGCACUGAGUUCCAGCAGAACUAACGCAGUAACACAGUGACUACAUGUGGCCGAGGAGCCUCUCCGUCAUGCAUCUGCUGCUUCAGCGAUGAUGCUUAGUUGAUACUUCAAUGUUGUUUGAUUCAGGGAACAACCACUCGUUUAAAAGACUUCAAAACUGGCCAGUACAUCUUCAGCUAUUUAUUUAUUUAUUUAUUCCUGUUACCUGAAUGAGUACCCCUGCGCGUGUGGAUGUGUGUGUGUGCAGGUGUUUUGCAGGCCUAUAAACUUUCCAUUGCAGUGUGCUUGUGCCUUUUCAAAAGCUGCUAUAUUGUUGUAAAGUGAACUGCUGCACAGUAGUGGUUCCAUCAGAGGCCUUUGUGGAGCUCUUUGUGACUCUUUUUGUGUCCACUGGGACAGAGAGACACCUCAGUUUAAAUAUGUAGAUGUACGCAAUUAAUUUAAAACAGCUUCACUGCAAUAGAGACUCAUAUCCUCAUGAAUGAAGUGUUCAGUUGAGGUGCAGAGUCCCCAGUCAACAGAUGAAGAUGCAUGCUGGAGAGAGCCUUAAUGUUCACACAGUACUGUAAUUCUUUCACCUUUAGCAUCAUGAGUAAAAUACGGAUUCAAGUAUUUGCUUCUUAGAGAAAUGCUUUGACAAUUUGUUGGCCAAACUAUUUUUUUUGUGCAACAAUUGAUGCUUCAUUUGAAUAGCAAUGGCUUACAAAUGUUAAAUAUUUGUCCUGCGUUUCAGAGUUUUGUAGUUCAGCCUGCUUUUGCUGCUGUAGGGAGUUACAGUCAACUCAGUCCAACAGAAGGACCAAAGCAUUGCUUACCAGUGCCUUGUGUGUUUGAUACCGAGAAAUGUGUUACUGUCACAUCAAGGGUGUUUAAUAGACCCGAUUAGUAUUUGUGGACAUCAGAGAGGGUAUCUUGUGUGAAGAAGUUCGUUUCACCUGCUUUCAUUGUUUUAGUUGGCUCAGUGUUGCACAUCUAAUCUGGAAGUUAAUUUCCAUUUCUGUUCCAAAGUUCUACGUCUUUGGAAGAUUCAGAACUGUAUCUUUGAUGGUUCAGUGACACACACACACAUUCCUUUAAAAAGCAUCACAGACAAUUGUUUUUUUUUUUAUUUUUGCCAAAUGUUGUUUCAUGAAUAGGCAUAUUUACACCUAUUGUUGUACUUAACAUGUUGAAACUGCAAUCUUGAUACAAUACAGCAUUUAAUAAAGAUACCGUGAACACUGA